GUCAGUGUCAGUGUUCUGUCAGUCAGUGUCAAAUUAGCAACCUUCGAGAAAACAAGUUUUGCGGCGAAAGAAAGAAAUAAUCAGCAAUUUUCCAAAAUGAGUAGCAUAAGUAAAAUGAAAGUAACUAUGUCCAAAGAUCAAUGUGCCGACAUGUCUUCGGACGAGGAACCGCUGUCGAAGUUAUUUGACGAUGCCAUGAAAAUAUUCGAAGCGAUAGAAAAAAGCAACGAGCCUACAAACAGUAACAGUACUCAGUUGAGUGUAAAGUCAGCAAUAUCAAAGUUUGAGAAGGCCACGAACCUCGUGUCUCUGGCGGAGAUGUUCAGUCGGAACGAGGGUGUGGAGGAGCUGCCGACGGAGACGCUGCGCUACUUGCUGCUGCCUGCACUGCUCGGCACUCUCACGCUGAAGCUGUGCAACCAACCACGAAUUGAUCUUGUUAAUGUGGCUGACAUUUAUUACAAAGAUUUCCUCCAGAGGUGUAAGGACUACGGAGUGACAGACCUGGAGGUGCCAUCCACCAGUGACUCGCAAGAAGUACAGAAGCCACACAGCGAACAAGCCAAGAUAGCCAGUUUGGUGCAAACCCGAGAGGCUAAGAUCAGAAGGUACAAGCAGGCACAGGAGCUGAAAGACCAGCUAGCCGAACUGUCCAAAGCCAUGGAAUCCUCAGCAGACGAUGAGACAAAGAGAGCAUACUUCCUGAAGCUACUGCAGAGCUACAUCAACCAGGCAUUCGAGGAACUCAGCAGCAUUGAGCAGGAGAAGUCUAUACUGGAGUACAUGGCUAAGAAUGCGGGAGAGCCGAAGCCGGCGGAGCGUCCCCGCGCCCCCCUGCGGCCGGUGAUCAUAGCUCGCGACGAGAUGCAGAAGGCAGUGUUUGGCGCGGGCUACCCGGCCAUACCCUCGCUCACUGUCGAGGAGUUCUACGACCAACGAGUUAGGGAAGGCCUGUUCCCCGGAGCAUGCACGAGUAUACCGCACACCACUAUACAGAGCACUGAGAACGACCCCGACGAGGAGGAGAGGAUACGAAAGGAGCUUCUAGAAGAACAAGAUGACCCUGAAGAGAGGGCGCGGAAAAACAACAUGGACGAGUACAAGGACGACCACCGCCGCGGCUGGGGCAACCGACACAACCGGAGCUAGGCCCGAACCGUACACUGCGUCACACUGCACGCCGGGUGUGACGCACCCACGCUGUUUACGGCAGUGCCGGAGUGGAGCGCGGGGCCCCCUGGAGGUCUAUUGGUGAACCCCGCAUAUGAUUAGAAGUUUUAGGCAAAAACGUCUCAUUCAUAUUCUUUGGCGGAUGUGAGUUUGGUAGAGUGGAACCAUCCUUUUGCUCGUGGCCCCCGGUUCCAUGGGGUCGCUGCCCGCUCUGGCUUUGCCCAAUGUGGCGGUUGCGUCAGGACGCAAAGGGAUAUAAUUUUGUAUGGAGUAUGUAAAUGUAAAUUGCACUGUGGACAGACUGAUGGGGCUAAAGUUAGCGAGGAAAACAGCAGGUGCAAAUGAUUUGGUGAUCUUUUGGCAUAUGAAUAAAGUAGGUUUUUGUAUAUCUAAUUAACAUUAAACCUGGAACUAUUUUGAAUUUGUUUUUAUUACAGUUUAUAAUUAGAGUACGUAAAACUAUGUAUAGGUUCUCUAUACGAGUUUGCGCAAACAAUAGCAUUGCCAAUAAGGUAGAUGACAUUUUUUUAUUUUAAUGCCCGUCUUGUAGAUUAUUUUAAAACAUUACACACGUACUUUUUAUUUUCUUAUGGAAUCAAAUUCUUUUGAAGAUAUUGAUUUGAAUUUGAAAUAUCGCGUGACGUCACAUCUAGGUACGCUUUAGAAAUUACGUAUUUGCUAGUCCUAAACUUUGAUUUAUUUUAUCCAAUUAUUGGUAUCCUAUAUGACAAAAUAAAAAAAUACGUGUCUAAUAUUUUCAUUACCUAACUGACGAACUAAAUAGAUUUUAAAUUUUCAUACGCCGUCAUCAUCCCUAAAAAAAGAUUUUAAUAAGUAUUCAAAUUCAAAAGGUAACAUUAGGCGACGUUAUUUUAAUUUUGAAGUAUUUCAGAUCUCCGGGAUAUUGUAAAACUAUGUAUUAAUAUGUACGUACAGAGUAUGGUGUAAUGUUAUUUUUGUGUAUGAAUAUACUACAUGUAUGUCUACAUCCACUGUCUCAUGUUAACGUUAUAUAAUCCAUGUCAUCAUAUAGUGUCUGUAUGCCAAUAAACAAGUUAUUGUAUUUA